AUGUGCUGAAAAACACAAAUAUUUAGAAUGAAAAAAAACUGUUCAUAAAGUUGUGGAUCUUCAACAACAGACAAGAACUGGCUAAUUUAAAAUCGAAUUCAAUAGAUGUGAACAUCAUUUGACAACAUCUUCCAAAUUGGUUUAAUCAUCUACUGUUUGAUUUGUAAGUUGUGGUGGAGAAGGACCAAGUUCAGGAUUCAUCUUGUGGAAUAGAAUGAGGACAUACCAACAGCAAAAAAGAUAACAUUUAAGCCCUGGUUGCAACAUGGCAGGAGAGCCAAGACAGCUGGUGGUGGAUGUGGUGAGAUGUGCUUUGCCCUUGAAGACCUCACUAAUCAAGUUAACUCAGGGUAACAGAAUAAGCUCAAGCGUGAUAGAGUUAGCACAUCCUACUAUCUGCAAGACACCUGAGAAAACCGAAGACUCAGUUUUUAAAAUCUGUGUGGACCUUCAGUCUGUCUUAGCAGGUGGUAUGGAGCCAAGGAAGGCAGAAGAAAGGGACAUUGAUGGUUUAGGUAUGGCUUUGGACAGCAAGAAAGUUAGAAAUUUGAGACUGAGUCAAACGUCUAGGUGGCAGCCAAGAGCCCAGGUCAGCAAAAAGAGCAAGAGUUUGAGGCAAGGCCAAUCAGAAGUACCCAGGUUGGUGAAGAAUGCAUCAUUUCCUCCCAUUACUAAACCAUCCAACAAAUUUCCCUCAUACUCGCACAAUGCAGGGAUCUCAGCAUCUCACAUUUCACUGCCCCUGAUUAACGUUUCAGAACAAGGUGUCCUGACAAGCUCUUCCAUACCGAUUAAGACCUCACAAACUGUAACACCAUUUCCAAGGAUUCUCUUGAAGAAAAGGAAAUCUCUGGUAGAUGGAACUAAGACCUCUGAAUGUAAGGUUCCUCCAUGCAAGCUCCCAGAUGUCUCAGCACACAGUACAGAGCAGCUACUUGAGAGAUUAAAAGCACGAAAAAGAGACAAAAAGAAGGGGAAAGAGAGAGAAAUGGAGAGUGAGAUAGGAGUACCCGAAUACCCUGAUCAUCUCUUCCUGUCUGCUACUCUUCAAUUACUCAGAGAAGGGCUGAUCCACCUGCCAGGCCUUAAUACAGAAGAAAUGCAAAGGUGCUCUGGGGCCCAGCCAGCUAGAUGUCCGAGGAUGAAAACUAUGAAGACAGAAAGAGAGUUGCAGGGCUCAUUUCAGCCCUCAAAUGGAAUUAAGAAGCCGGUAACCCUCAGCAUGUACAAGAGGAACCUCACUCUUGUCCGCCAAAUACAAAGCAAUAACAAUACAUAACAUUAAGUACACCACACACUUGCAGUUGUUUAAUCUCAGUUGAAGCUAUCACGAUUCCCAUUUUGGCCAGAAAACACACAUUUUAUUACCCAUUUAUUUUAUUCUCAUAUUUCUGCAUAUAUACACCAUUAUUUACAGACAUGUAGAUAAGUACAUCCAUAUUCUAGUACAGAAAUUUUAAAAUAUAAUAAAUAUAAUAAAUACAUUGACGUUUGAUACAAUAUAUUGGGUAUAAAUAUCAGUCUUUGUUUUAAUCACCACAGACUGAUAUACAUGCUGCACAGUACCAGUUAAAUUGAUGUAUUGGUGCAUUCUUGAGUACAUUACAUCUUUGUUUGAUUCACAGGUGUGUCUUCUCAAGUGCAAUAGAAUGCAAGAGAUGGUUGUUAAAAUUGGAAAAAGUAAUAAGACAUAAUAAAAUCAUAAAAGUCAUGAUUGUAUAAGUAACAGCUGACCUAAUAAAGGGAAUGUUUGGAGUCUUGUA